AUGUUGGAUGGAAUCCCGGUACAGCGCUCUUUGUCAGCUUCAAUACCGGACAUUGAUGAUAAUAUGAAAUUACCGACACUAAAGCCGGGUUUUUAUGGCAGCGAUGAGCAACGUGCACUAAUCGAAGCAUUCAUUAUCGAAUACAUCACAGUGUACGAUGACGACGAUGUUAAUAACAGGAAGAAUUUAAUCAAUGCUUACGAUGAAAAUGCAACUUUCACGCUGUCUGCAGAAAAUUUGCCAGAUUCGAACGAAAGAAGGCCGUUUACUUAUUUCAGUUUCAGCACCUAUAAUACUUAUCGGAAAUCAUCGCAUAACGUUAUGUGCGUCGAGAAAUGGGAACGUUUUCGUGAGAAGGUGGUGCAUAAGGGAGCAAUGGAUAUCAUUGUUAUGUUGCGUAAACUUCCGGCCACCAAGCAUCUUAUGGACACUUUUGUGGUUGAUGUUUCAAUGACGACGGCAAAGCAUAUGUGUUUCGCAGUUCAUGGAUUCUUUCGCGACAGCAUGACUAAAGUGCAAGAUGACGAUGAGGUGAAAUUCUUUUGCCGCAACUUCGUCGUUGUGAAUAAAGGCGAAGGGAAAAUAGCAGUUCUUAGCGAUAUACUAUUUGUCAGCGGAGUGUUCACUGAAAGGAUACAACGUUACAAGUCAAUGAUUACCAGUUUGUUAAAGGCAGCCCCGGAUACAGGAACCUCGAUGAACAUGGAUGGAGCAGGUGGCAGCAUGUCCGUUGGAGAUGGUGCUGAGAAUCGUUGGAUGGCAGAGCCGUUACCGCCAGCUCCUCAGCUGCGGGCCGAGUAUUUUUGGCUGUACGAGACAAGAUCCCUGCGGAAGCGUUUCAAUAAUCGCAUUUCAGUAUUUGCUGAAUCGUUAUUUCAUUUGUAUUUCCAGUCAUUCUCAGCCAGAAGUGUCACUCGCAGCUAG